AUGUUUAUGUUCCUCGAAACAUUCGACGCGCUCGAAAUCGUGCUCGGCACGGAGAAAGAGCCUGCUCUCGACGACACGGACGAAUCUCGCGCUGCGCACGAGCGAUUCCACACCAGGUUCAGGCAAGCCAUGUCUGCCCUCCGCUACUCGUGCACUCAUGAAGUGUUGUUUAUGCUUCCAACCGGCAUCCGCGACCCAGUCGAGACGUGGCGGCUCUUGAGGGACAAGCACGACACUGCGGCGACUCUGCAGUGCCGGUUAAUGCUUCUGGAGACUGCGGCCCCGGCCAAACGAGCCGAAAAAAUCACGGACAUCCACCUGAUCAGAUGCUUGCUUGAUUCAAUCUCGAAGGAAUACGAGCCCAUCGUCGACGCGUGUAUGCUCCUGCCGGAUAACAAGGCUACGCUCGAGCAUCUAUUCCGCCAGCUCCACGAGUUCGAACAAGACAAGAUCCUUCUGAACGAGAUCGCUGCCCAGCAGCAGUCGGAAAAUCGAAGUGCCCGCAGAGCGCGACGAGGCCACCGCGGCAACCGUGCGCCAUCCGGAAUCGCCCAGGUCGUCUACCAAUGCACGUACUGCGAGAUGGAUAACCACGCCACCGAAGAGUGUAGUCGCCGCGCAAACUCGCGGAAACACGCUCGCAGCGACGACGAUGACUACUGCCACUACUGUGUCGAGCCAGGCCACAUUCAGAAGGACUGCCCAAUGAAGACGAGAGCCAAAGGAAUCCGCAGGCUCGCAUCCCUUGACCACCAUGUCUAG